AUGCCACCGACACCCAAGAUUCCCACAGCGGAAAAAGGUGCAACAGACUACACCAGCACGGACGGCGUCGCCAGCGAAGCUAAAACAAGUGCCACGACCGUUAACGAAAGUGUCGACGGAAACCUAACCAGCUAUGAUGUCGCAGUUGAGGGCAGUUCUGCCGACGAAAACAGAGGGGACACGAUGGUCGAUGACACAAUGAACGCCGCCGUCGACACUGACGAAAACGAAACCAGCUACGCUGUCUCCGUUGAGGAGAGUGCUCCCGACGAGAACACAAGGGACAUGAUCGACAACACAGUGAACGCUGCCGCUGACAUUGACAACGCCGUUAAUGAAGACGGCACUGAAAUCAUCACUAACACGACCGCCGCCUCAGUUGCAAUCUGCGACUCCUCGAUGGCCGACGACGCCACCGAUAUGGACGGGACUGAAACUUUUGCCACCAACCUCCCUACAGAUUACACCAUAGUUGAGUUGGUGCCCAUCACUGAAUUACGACGGCUGGAGGAACAGGCUGCAUCCCAAGCACAGGUUAUCAAAAACUUGCAGAUUCAACUGAACAGGUGCAAAGACCAGUUAACACAAGCAGAAGACACCCUGCAUCAUGCCCAAGCAGAGCUUCAGGCCGCUCUCGCCAAGUGUAGCUCUUUAGAGAAACAUGAAGCAGAACUUAAAGAAACUAAGCAUGCGCUGUGUAAGUGCCGAAGAGAGCUUGAGCUUGCGCUACAACAGUGUAAAACACUAGAGGCAAAAUCAAGUCGCAGAUUUUGCAUCGAUUGUUUUAAGGACAGCCCAGCUGAUGUACUCUUCUACACCGGCCUUCCAAGCCAUGAUCACUUCAUGCGUCUUUUAAGGUUCUUAGACCCAGGUGAGGACGGCGAGAAUGUAAAAGUUUGGUCCACCACCUACAGUGACAAAGCCAGAAAAGCCGGAAGGCGCUCGAUUUUGUCUCCCGCUGAGCAGUUCUUUUUGCUACUCGUCCGCCUCCGUCUUGGACUCUUUGAAAGAGAUCUUGCUUACCGCUUUCGAGUUUCUAAGGCUACAGUGUCAAAGGUGUGUAUAACGUGGAUAAGCUAUGUGUAUCUACACCUUGGUCAGCUGCACCUGUGGCUGCCAAGGGAGGCUGUGGAUGACGCAAUGCCACCUGCAUUUAAAGAUCGCUACCCAACGACAAGGGUCAUCUUAGAUGCAACCGAGGUAAAGUGCGAAGCCUCCAGCUCGCUCGUGCUGCAGUCGGCUACUUUUUCUCCAUAUAAAUCUACAAACAAGUUUAAGGGGUUGAUCGGCAUUUCUCCCGAUGGGACAGUAACAUUCAUAUCUGAGCUGUUCACUGGUUCAAUGUCAGACAAGGAAUGUGUAGAAAAAAGUGGUUUCCUCAAGCUGCCCUUUGAUGACGGCGACUCAGUGAUGGCUGAUAAGGGUUUUAGGAUAGAGGAGAUGCUGAAAAAAAUCAAUGUUCGACUGAAUAUACCCCCAUUCCUUCGUAAAGGUUACGUUACGACUGAAGAGGUAAAGGAGACAGAACAGAUCGCUUCUCUCCGCAUUCACGUGGAACGACGAAUUCAAAGGAUUAAGAAUUUCCACAUAUUUGACCGGCCGGUUCAGAUUUCACUUGCUCCAGUUGUCAGCGAAAUGUGGGCGAUUUGCGUGGCUCUCACCAACUUCCAAAGUCCUCUGAUGAAAGCCUCCGAUGACUAAAGCAUUUGGCUCUCUUAGAAAAAGCUCCUCUUUCUACAGUGAUUUGUCUACCCUCAGUAAGUAAAUGUCAGUGUGAGGUAAAUGCUUUGCCACUUUGUGAAUAGUCUUUUGUCAUGAAUAAAGAGACAGUAUUUGAAUGCAAGGUAUGCACUGAAACAGCGUGCCUUCA